AUAUAAAGAGCUACUAUUUCAUGAAUUUCAAAACAUGAUAUAAUCAUGAUGUGUGCAUAUUGCGAUUAAAGAGAAUAUAAAUAAACUCCUCACGUUUAUCUUUUUUUUUUUUUUACGUCUUUUUAUUCUACAAAACAAUGACUGAACAACAUCGCAAACCUCAAAUCUCUCAUGCUGAAGCUGCCUUAAUGAGCGGUCGUCCUUAUGAAAGAGCCCAUGUUGGCCAUGAUAAAAGAGAUAACCGUAUUGACCAAGAGUUGGCAGCUGAAGAUAAAGAAAUCUUGGAGAGAAAGGAUGACGCUCGCCGUCAAAGAGAACAACACAAGCAUUCUGAACAACAGCACCGAUAA